AUGAAUGAUGGAGACAAUAGCAAGAUGUUUUCCAAAAAAUUAAAUCCAGGAACAGUUAUUGCAGGCAAAUAUAAAUUGUUGGAGAAAAUUGGUGCAGGAUCUUUUGGAAUGGUCUUUAAAACUUAAAACCUUAAAAAUGGGGAAUUGAUUGCAACUAAGUUUGAGAAAAGGGAUGAAAGUCAAAAAGGUGUAAGUUUGCUAAUUAGAGAAAUCAAAGUAUUAUAAGAUGUUAAAGGUUUGAAAGGUAUGAUUUAAUAAAAUUUAAAGGUUUUCCAUAAUUAAAAUUCUAUGGUCGAGACGACCAUUACAACUUCUUUAUGGAAUCUUAUUUAGGAAUGAAUCUAGAAUAACUAAUGAGAAAAUGCAAUGGAAAGUUUAGCUAAAAUACUGUAUUGAAGAUUGGUCUAUAAUUGUUAGAACGGGUUUAAGGUAUUGAAAUUUAAAAAUAGUAGCUUUUCACGAAAAAAACCUAAUUCACAGAGAUAUCAAACCAGAAAAUUUUACGAUUGGUCGGCAAGAUGGAACUCAAAUUUUCGUUAUUGAUUUCGGAUUAUCAAAGUAUUAUCGAGACAGUAAUGGGAAGCAUAUUCCCUUUACGAGUAACAAAGGAUUGAUUGGCACAGCUAGAUAUGCAAGUGUGAAUGCAUUGAUAGGUUAUAUAUACAAUAGAUAUAGCUAUUAGGAAAUGAGUAAUCCAGAAGAGAUGACAUUGAAUCAUUAGCUUAUGUACUCAUUUAUUUCUAUUUGGGGGAGUUGCCUUGGUAAAAUAUUUAAGUAGCUAACAAAGAAGAUAAAUAUAAGAAAAUACUGUAAAUGAAAUAAAACAAUUCUUUGGAUAAAUUAAAUGACUUAUUACCUAAAGUAUCUAUCAAUAAUUUAUUAAGUCUCUAGUAAAGUUGCUGAAAAUAUCAAAGUCAUACGAAUUUCAACAUACUCCAGAUUAUGCUGGUUUGAAGAAACUCUUUUAAGAUGAUUUAAGUAUAGAUUCUAAAUUUGAUUGGGAGAAAAUACAAGGUCUAUUUUCAGAGAAGAACAAUUUGAGUGUCUCAAUUGAUGUCUAAUCAAAUACAAAUUAAUUUGAUGAUUUAAUUGAUAUAUAUCCUGGUUUGUAAAAUUCGAUGUGCAAAGUGACACAAUAAGAAACUAAAUUUAUAAAUGGUAGAUUGGAUAAUAGUCGGAGAAACAUCAUAUAUUUGGAAGUUCCCAAAAGAAACUCAACAAUUCUUGAAGGAGUUUCUAGUCCAGGGGGAACUAUAGUUUCUUUUAACACCUCUAAAAUGAAUCAUUAUGAGGGGUCAAAUAGAAAUCUCGCCUCUUAUAAAUAAUUUAUUGAUGUCCAAGUCUAAUCUUUAGAAAAUGAUUAUGAUGAUGAUUAUACACCAAAUCAAGAUGAUUCACCUUGUCUAUAUGUUAGAAACUUUGUAGUAGGCUCUAAAUACAAGGAUCAUCAUUGA